CUCUCUCUCUCUCUCUCAGAUAUGCAACUCAAGCUUGUGGGUGGUAACUCUGCUGGAACUGUCACAGCUUUCUAUUUAUCUUCUGAAGGACUGAACCGUGACGAGAUCGACUUGGGAUUCCUUGGAAAUCUUAGUGGAGACCCUUACGUCUUGCAUACCAAUGUAUACACCCAAGGGAAAGGAGACAGGGAGCAGCAGUUCUACCUCUGGUUUGACCCCACCAAGAAUUUCCACACUUAUUCCAUUGUUUGGAAUCCUAGAAACAUCAUCUGCUUCGUGGAUAACAUUCCCAUAAGAGAAUUCAGGAAUGGACAAUCAAUAGGGGUCCCUUUCCCUCAUAACCAGCCCAUGAGGAUCUACUCAAGCUUAUGGAACGCGGACGAGUGGGCAACUAGAGGUGGCCUUAUUAAAACUGAUUGGUCCAAAGCACCAUUCACUGCCUUUUACCAGAACUUCAAUGCCGAUGCCUGUGUUUGGUCUUCAAGGGGAUCUUCGUGCAGGACGAUGUCUAAUACCAACUCUGCACCCAACAAAGCAUGGCAGACACAAGAGCUCGACCCAUUGAGUCGAAGGAGACUCAGAUGGGUGCAGAAGAAUUAUAUGAUCUACAACUACUGCUCUGAUUGGAAGCGUUUCCCUCAGGGUCUGCCACCUGAAUGCAGGCACUAGGGGUAAUAUUGGACCAAGUCAAAACUGGACUGAUGAAGUGUUAGAUUUGGUCUGUUAGUUUCUUUGGAUGCAUGGUCU